AAGCGUUUUAUGGAGUCCUCCCGAGUCUUGGAAACUUUGAAUGGAUUCCGUAAACAAGCUGUUACGGAAGAAGACUUUUUGAGUUGUACAAAACAUUUUUUGAAGAUCUUGGAAGAUCCAAAGACAGAAACUUGGCCUGAAGAAUCGUCUGUUGUAGUUGUUGAAGCUCUUAAAGUGUGUAUAAAUAACGACAUCUCUGCAGGCGUAGCUGAAGUAUUUGCUCUCGAAUUGCUGGGACCUUGUUUAAGAAUUUUAGCAACACAGCCAAGAACCAGCAAAUUGUCUGAGAAGGUGUUUUCUCUCUGUCGUUGUUGCGUCUCACGUGGCAAGCCCAAAGAACUUUUCAUAGUUGUUCUUGACGAAGUUGUGAACCUCCAAAAUAUUGCUAAAAACUUUUUUUCGAGAGUCUUUCCAAUUUUUUUACUAGUCUGUAUUGACUUUCUACGAGAGUGUCAAGCUAUAUUUCCUUCGGAUAUUGAAAGCAUCUUGAAGGUGAUUGAUAUUGCAUGGAACAAUAAGCUUUCCAAUGACAUUGGUUCAGAUCCCCAUUUGUUGUAUGAAGAAGAAAGAGAUUGUAGUCAUUUUUUAGAGAAUAGCUUUAUGAAUGUAUGCAUGUUGUCUUUUUCUGUUCUUAAUCUCCUGAAAGAUUCCGUCAUGAAACCCAAACUCGAUAGAUUUCGUGUCAGCACAACAGUUAGAUGUCAGCUAGUACUUGUUAUAUUGGAUCUCAUCAAGUGGGUAUCGAUUUUCUUCACAGACGUAUCAAUAUUUGGCACUGCAGGGAAAGAGAACCUUAAUCAACAAGAAUUAUGGAAAUAUAGUAUUUCUCUUGUAACUUUGUUACGAGAAUUAUCCAUUUGUCGUCGUACUCAGAUCCUGAGCUUAUGCAUGCUCCCGGAAGAGACAAUCUUUCAAGAAAUCUUCAAGCUUCAGUCUAGUUUGGUUUCCACAGGAUAUAUAGCAGAAAUGGUUGAAGAAUUCAAAGAGAAGCCAUGUUCAUUUCUUUCCGCAGGUUGUUAUUUAUUCUUGUCGUUAAAGUCUUCGCCUUUUGAAGACGAUUGUUUUCUUGAUUCCAAAUGCAAGCUAGACUUGUAUUUGGCACCUAUUGCAGCUUUGUUCGAGUCGAAGUGGUCCGCUCACAAAGUCAUGGCCCUAUGGCUCUGUAAAGAAACAGUUUCAAACACUGUGAUUGGUUUCAGAGGAAAUCAAGUGCUACGACUUUUGCAAAAAGCCAAGUAUCGUUGUCAUCUCAGUGAGAAUAUUUCAGUGCACGAUUCCUCACUUUUGAUGAUAUUUACUCUUCUUUUGCAGUAUCUCGACAAAACAGCUUAUCAUAACAGAGCUUCAUAUGAAGUCAUAAAUACCUGUAUUCAUUGUUUGCCAGACCCUUUUAUAAAGUGGCAAGUUGUGUAUUUUUGUCUCAUGAUGUCGACCACGGUAGGCAUAAAAGCACAAUUGCUUCAUGAAAUGAAAGAGGCGAUGUUGAAAAUGGAAGAUGAUAUUGAUGCAACGAGAGCCCUUGUAGCGUCUUCGACUUGUUUCGAGGCUACAGAGAAUCAGUACAGGUUGUGGAGCUGGCUGUCAGAUUUCUUGUUUGCCAAUUUCCUCGCUCCCCGUAUGAGUUUUUUGGAAGAUUUGCCUUUAGUUUCCAGUGCCAUUCAUAUCUUGGCAUUUAUCAUCUGGAGACUAAAACGACAGGAAAAUGUCGCAAAGUGCAAAGAGAAUUUGGAAUGUAGAGCAAAAGGUUAGGAGUCCUAGGCCUGACCUUUCCUU